AUGAGCUUGCUGGGAAAUUGUUACCUCUGCAAAGGCCCCCUGGUCCUGAGGCAGUGAAGGGCAGGUAUAAAAGGCAGCCCCAGUCUCUGCUCUCUCAUCCACUUCUCUUGCUUCCUUCUGCUUGGGAACAAGGUGCACCUCCAGCCCCAGGCCAUGUCCUGCAACACCCAGUGCCGUCCCUGCCAGCCCUGUGGCCCCACUCCACUGGCCAACAGCUGCAACGAGCCCUGUGUCAGGCAGUGCCAAAACUCCACCGUUGUUAUUGAGCCACCUGCUGUGCUGGUGACCCUGCCUGGGCCCAUCCUGAGCUCCUUCCCACAGAACACUGUGGUGGGAUCCUCCACUUCUGCUGCUGUUGGCAACAUCCUCAGCUCUGAUGGAGUGCCCAUCAACUCUGGGGGCUUUGACAUCUCCUGCAUCACCAGGCGCUACGGUGGCAACAGAUGUCGUCCCUGCUAA